CCUUUUGGCGCCAGUCCAACCGGCUCGCUGUCGCGCGUUAUAAACUACUUCACAACUGCAUCAGUCCCCGAUAAUUUCCCUCCUGGAAACCACCGUCCGCUUAUGACCACCGACAAACCGCCAUGUCUUCAACUGUGCUCGAAAGCCAAUCCCUAACCCUCGACUCCACCACUCUCUACCUGGGCGCUCACACCACUGUCUCCUCUCAACCGCCGCCCAUUUCCCACCCCCUCCCCCCGCUUCCUUCCUCACUUCCCCAACCCAAACUCAUUCCUAAAACCCGCUUUAUCAUCGACGGUUUCAAACACGCCGGUGACUUCUCCGUCUCUUACUUCCUUUCUCACUUCCACUCUGAUCACUACACCGGGCUCAACCCCUUUUGGUCGAAAGGCGUCAUUUAUUGCUCCUCCGUCACUGCCCGCCUUCUUAUUGAAGUCCUCAAAGUCCCCUCGGCCUUCGUUGUUGCAUUGCCCCUCUCCGAACGGUUUCUGAUAGACGGAUGUGGGGUUGUCCUCGUUGACGCCAACCAUUGUCCGGGGGCAGUUCAGUUUUUGUUUAAGGUUCCGGUUAAUGGAGGUAAAUUCGAGAAAUAUGUUCAUACCGGUGAUUUUCGCUAUUCUGAUUCCAUGAAAUUGGUACCGUUGCUAAGUGAAUUCAUUGGUUCUGAUGCUGUGUUUUUGGAUACUACCUACUGUAACCCGAAAUAUGUCUUUCCGGGACAGCAGGAGUCAAUUGAAUACAUUGUUGGGGUUAUAGAGAGAGUUGGAGCUGAAAAUGAGGGUAAGUUGAAGAAUGUUUUGUUUCUUGUUGCUACUUAUGUUAUUGGGAAAGAGAAGAUUUUGCUGGAAAUUUCACAGAGGUGUAAGAUGAAGAUUCAUGUCAACGCCAGGAAAAUGGCUGUUUUGAGUGUUCUGGGGUUGGGGGAGUGUGGAGUGUUUACUGAGGAUGAGACGGAGAGUAAUGUUCAUGUUGUUGGUUGGAAUGUGUUGGGCGAGACUUGGCCGUAUUUUCGACCUAAUUUUGUUAGCAUGAAGGAAAUUAUGAAGGACAGAGGGUAUUCUAAGGUUGUGGGAUUUGUUCCGACAGGAUGGACUUAUGAAGUGAAGAAGAAUAAGUUUGCGGUGAGGACAAAGGAUUCAUUUGAAAUACACCUUGUGCCUUAUAGUGAGCAUUCAAAUUAUGAUGAACUUAGGGAGUACAUAAAGUUUUUGAAACCUAAACGUGUUAUACCUACAGUGGGCAUUGAUGUGGAGAAACUUGAUGGUAAACAUGCAAAUGCACUUCGAAAACAUUUUGUGGGUUUGGUUGAUGAGAUGGCUGCUAAGGAAGAAUUCUUGAUGGGUUUCCAUGAAAAGGCCAAGGAAGGGGUUGGGAAGGAUGACAAUGCUGGUUCUUCAGCGCCAACUGUUUUGUUAAAGCGGGGGAGUGAGGAUAUGUUGUCUGUAAUUGAAUGCAGCAAAAAUAUUGAGAACGAUGAUGUUUUAAACUCUUCACUUUCUAAGGAGGGAAGUGCUUCACAUGAUAUUGAGAUUGUAAAUCAAGAGGACAUAGAGGAAUCUAUACAAGAAUUUUGUGACUGUUUACCCAGCUGGGUCACUCGAAGUCAGAUGUUGGAUUUACUCAACAGCUCAGGAAGAAAUGUAGUUGAAGCGGUUUCCCAGUUUUAUGAACAUGAAACUGAGUUUUAUGAGCAAGUUGCUUCAAACAUAUCCUCUGCAUGUAAAUCUCCCUCAAACUCAGAAUUACUAGAGUGCAAAUUGCCAGCUAAGUCAACAGAAGGUUUAUUUGCAUCGUCUGCUAAACUAAGUGGAGUUGAAUCUGGAUUGCCUUAUAAAUGCUGUCCUGAUAAUAUGCUUUCUAAAACUCAGGAUAUAUCCUUUAGAGAAAGGCUUAAGCUACCAAGAACUAUUAACCCAAGUAAGAGUGGAAGUUCUCCAGGGAAGAGGAAGAGAACUCCUGAAAAUAAAACAAGCAAAAAAGCUAAAAGGAAAACAAUUCCGGAGUCAAAUGUGCCAAAACAGUAUACUAUAACAAAGUUUUUCCAAAAAUUAGUCCCUUCUGUUUCUCAAGCUGAAGACAUUGUAGCUGCAUCUGGGCAUUCUCAUGAUGAUGAUGCUGUGAUGUUAAAUCACUGUACUGAGAGAUACAAAGUCGAGGUGGAUCAGUUUAUUCAGAUUGUGAAUGGCGACAACGCAUUAAGAAGGCAUGCUGCUGAGAUCUUGGAGAAGACAAAAGGAGAUGUUAAUGUGGCACUAGAUAUCUAUUUUAACAAUUCUGGCGGUAGUAUCAUGGAGAAAAAAGUCAGCCUGUCAGAGAGAAUUAAUGAGUUCCAGACUCAACCGUCAAAAGGGAAUAGCUCUUCUGACCAAUGUGCUCAGACGUUAGAGGGAUUGACAUGUGAGACUGUCACAUCUUUAACUGUACAACCAACAGAUAAUGUAGCUGUGAAUUACGUAUCAUUACUGCCUGAAAAAUAUUCUCCUACUGAGCAUGCUUGCUGGAAAAAGGGGGAGCCUGCCCCAUACCUACAUCUUGCACGAUGUUUUAAUCUGCUUGAGGAAGAAAGGGGUAAAAUAAAAGCUACAUCGAUGCUUUGCAAUAUGUUUAGGAGCUUGCUGACCUUGUCUCCAGAAGAUGUGUUACCUUCUGUGUACUUGUGUACCAACAAGAUUGCUCCUGACCAUGAGAACAUGGAACUUAAUAUUGGUGGUAGCAUUGUUGUAGCAGCAUUGGAAGAUGCUUGUGGGACAAACAAAUCUAGAGUGCGUGACUUGUAUAACAGCCUAGGUGAUCUUGGUGAUGUUGCUCAGCUUUGUCGAACAACACAACCACUACUUGCUCCUCAUGCUGGGCUUACUGUUCGAGGUGUCUAUUCUGUUCUUCGAAAGAUAAGUUUACAAACAGGUAGUGGAAGCACAGCUCGGAAGAAAAACCUUAUAGUGAAUCUUAUGCGUUCAUGUAGAGAAAUGGAGAUGAAGUUUCUUGUCAGGACCUUGGUUAGAAAUUUGCGUAUUGGAGCGAUGAUGAGAACUGUUUUGCCUGCAUUAGCACAAGCUAUUGUAAUAACCUCCAGUGAAGGACCUGUUGAAAAUUUGAAGGAUCAUCUUCAGUGCCUUUCUUCAGCUGUCGUUGACGCUUAUAACAUACUUCCUCAUUUGGAUUUACUAAUACCCAAAUUAAUGGAGAAAGGAGUUCAAUUUUCUUCAAUGGCUUUAUCAAUGGUUCCUGGCAUACCCAUCAAGCCAAUGCUUGCAAAGAUUACUAAUGGAUCCCCUCAGGUUCUGAAGCUCUUUCAAAACAAAGCCUUUACGUGUGAAUAUAAAUAUGAUGGCCAGCGAGCCCAAAUUCACAGAUUAGAUAAUGGAUCUGUUCAUGUAUUCUCACGGAGUGGGGAUGAAACAACAACAAAAUUCCCUGAUUUAUUAGAUAUAAUUGGGGAAGCAUGUGGCUCUGCUUCAAUAACUUUCAUAGUGGAUGCAGAGGUAGUUGCAAUUGAUAGGAAGAAAAAUAUGAAGCUUAUGUCAUUCCAAGAAUUAUCUUCUCGGGAAAGAGGAAGUAAAGAUUCCAUGGUUUCUGUAGGAAAAAUAAAGGUUGAUAUUUGUGUUUUCAUCUUUGAUAUUAUGUUCGCGAAUGGGAAGCAGUUGUUGAGCCUUCCCCUUUGCCAAAGACGGAUGCGUAUGCACUUUCUCCAUCUUUGCAGAGUAGAUUUUUCUAUCUUACCUGGGGGUGACUUUUGCAUUGGGCGAUUGUGUGCACAGGAACUUAAUAUUGGUGGUAGCAUUGUUGUAGCAGCAUUGGAAGAUGCUUGUGGGACAAACAAAUCUAGAGUGCGUGACUUGUAUAACAGCCUAGGUGAUCUUGGUGAUGUUGCUCAGCUUUGUCGAACAACACAACCACUACUUGCUCCUCAUGCUGGGCUUACUGUUCGAGGUGUCUAUUCUGUUCUUCGAAAGAUAAGUUUACAAACAGGUAGUGGAAGCACAGCUCGGAAGAAAAACCUUAUAGUGAAUCUUAUGCGUUCAUGUAGAGAAAUGGAGAUGAAGUUUCUUGUCAGGACCUUGGUUAGAAAUUUGCGUAUUGGAGCGAUGAUGAGAACUGUUUUGCCUGCAUUAGCACAAGCUAUUGUAAUAACCUCCAGUGAAGGACCUGUUGAAAAUUUGAAGGAUCAUCUUCAGUGCCUUUCUUCAGCUGUCGUUGACGCUUAUAACAUACUUCCUCAUUUGGAUUUACUAAUACCCAAAUUAAUGGAGAAAGGAGUUCAAUUUUCUUCAAUGGCUUUAUCAAUGGUUCCUGGCAUACCCAUCAAGCCAAUGCUUGCAAAGAUUACUAAUGGAUCCCCUCAGGUUCUGAAGCUCUUUCAAAACAAAGCCUUUACGUGUGAAUAUAAAUAUGAUGGCCAGCGAGCCCAAAUUCACAGAUUAGAUAAUGGAUCUGUUCAUGUAUUCUCACGGAGUGGGGAUGAAACAACAACAAAAUUCCCUGAUUUAUUAGAUAUAAUUGGGGAAGCAUGUGGCUCUGCUUCAAUAACUUUCAUAGUGGAUGCAGAGGUAGUUGCAAUUGAUAGGAAGAAAAAUAUGAAGCUUAUGUCAUUCCAAGAAUUAUCUUCUCGGGAAAGAGGAAGUAAAGAUUCCAUGGUUUCUGUAGGAAAAAUAAAGGUUGAUAUUUGUGUUUUCAUCUUUGAUAUUAUGUUCGCGAAUGGGAAGCAGUUGUUGAGCCUUCCCCUUUGCCAAAGACGGAUGCAUUUGAAGGACUUGUUUGGUCAGGAGAGACCAGGUUAUUUGGAGUAUGCAAAAGAAAUUACGGUGGAGGCAGAAGAUGCUUGUCCAAAUAAUGAAGCCACAUUGACCAGGAUGAAUUGUUUUCUUGAUAAUGCAAUCCAUUCCUCCUGUGAAGGAGUCAUGGUUAAAUCUCUUGAUGUGGAUGCUGGAUAUACUCCGUCAAAGCGUUCUGAUGCAUGGUUAAAGGUGAAAAGAGAUUAUGUGGAAGGUCUAAGUGAUUCGUUGGAUUUAGUCCCUAUAGGUGCUUGGCACGGGAAUGGAAGAAAAGCAGGAUGGUACAGCCCUUUCCUUAUGGCCUGCUACAAUCCUGAUACGGAAGAGUUCCAGAGUGUAUGCCGUGUCAUGUCGGGGUUUUCAGAUUCCUUCUACAAAGAGAUGAAAGAUUUCUUCUCUGGGGACAAAAUCCUUGCAAAGAAGCCUUCUCAUUAUCGAACUGUGGAGGUGCCUGAUAUGUGGUUUGCUGCAGAAUUGGUGUGGGAGAUCAGGGGUGCAGAUUUCACAGUCUCCCCUGUUCACCAUGCAGCCAUUGGUUUAAUUCAUCCGUCCCGUGGGAUCUCAGUCAGGUUCCCCAGAUUUGUUGGAUCUGUAUCUGAUAGAAAUCCUGAGGAAUGUAGCACAUCUGCAGAUAUAGCAGAAAUGUUCAAUUCUCAAACUCGAAAGAUGAACCUCGACGAAAUAGUUUGAGCUGAGCUUUUUGUAUCACUGUAGAUGGAUAAGCUUUUUGCAUGAUGUAGCAAUAUACACAAGAUUCCUUCCAUGUCCAUGGCUAUAAGUUGGAAUCUGUUCUGUAUGGAGUGUUUAAACGUCA